CAUUCCACAGUUUUUUAUUAUUUUUACAGACGUCAGACAAUCUGACUGUUUUUUAAACCAGUAGCUCAUAGUUUGUGUUGUGAUUAAAGAAUGUGGUUUUGAAAAUUUAAAAACUGUUAAAAAUGGGAAACCAACAUGGUCAUGGAUCAAAGUCUGGAACAGCUACUCCUAAUUCUAUUGCCAGUUCCCACAAUGGCUCAAGGAAAAGCAUUACGAGGACCAGUUCAGGUGCAGACAUUCAAGAAAAACCUACUCAAAUGUUACCUGUAGAAAAAUUGGCUAAGAUUUUAACUGAAAAAUCGCAAAAACUGGAAAGUGUCAAUGGUAUUACUAAAGAUGUUUUCAGUAGAUUUUUAUUUCCAAGGUAUCCAGUACUGGGAGAAAAAUUGUUCAAUCAUUUUCUUAAACACAGCAAGUCGAAGAACAAACACAUUGGAUUGAAUGCCUUUAAACAUCAAUGUGAAAUAUACUUAGGUAUAUUGGAUGAUGAUGUAAUCAGAGAUACUCUUGUAAAAAUGUGGGCUAACCCCAGCGAAGAAACAAGUGUUGAUAUGGUUACUCCUGAAGACAUGACAUCAUUACUCAUGUGUACUUAUCACAUAAGCAUGGAUCACUACUCAGAAGGUCCGCAGAUGUGCCUUUCAUGUAACAAGACUUUAAAAGCAGUUGUUGACAGUUGUUUUCAUUCUAAAAAACAGUUAUCAGUACAAUUUGUUUCUCAUUGGAUUGAGACUAAUAUACCAAGAUUAUUGCUUCCUCUUCAUAGAUAUGCCGUUCAUUCAUUGGCUACAUCCUAUAGAACCCUGGAGCAAUGUGAACCAAAUUUAGCUAGUGGUGAAACUUGUCAAGUUGCACCAUAUGCAGGUUUGGAAUUAGCAACCCCUGUUUUGGAAGAAGCAAAUCCAUUUCCACAGGCUAAACCACAUCCUCAUAUGUUAACAAUGAGCAUGUCCUGGUUGCUAGCAGGUGCAUUACCAGCCUUUUACUCAAGACCACAAAAAGCUCAUUCUCCUAGUAACAGUGGAACCGGUUUGGCAAGCAUGUCAUUCCUGGCGAAACUGGUUUGUGCCAUUCCCUCCCACUGGAGCGUCAUUUACGAUUCUGACGAGAUGGGCUUGGGUUCAAAUCGAUUCCUUCAUCAUGUUAUGAACUACAAGGGCCCUACACUGGUUAUACUCAGAGUACAAGACGGACAAAAGUUCUGCAUCGCUUCGUGCAACGAAUGGCGGGAAUCUCAUCACUACUGGGGCGGAGAUGAGUGUGCUGUGUUUCAACUAUUACCAAAGUUUCAGCUACUACAAAAAGGACCAAAAAUGUUAUAUUUGAAUUUUACUGUUAGAGGAUAUCCUCAUGGACUUAGGGUUGGUAAAGACCCUCGUGCUCCUAUUAUAAGUAUAGAUGGUGGAUUUGAAAAGAUUGAAUGGCAAAAAAUCCCCUAUUACUUAGAAUGUAUUGAAGUAUGGGGUUGCGGAGAUCAGGUGAGUAGAGAACGUCAAUUAGAAGUCAAGAAGUGGGAGGAAAAAGAAGCUGAAAAACAACGUGUAGUAAAAUUGAGCGCUGCCGAUUGGCUGGACCAUCCAGAUCGUUAUUUGCUACAGUUAGCUGGACGACCGGAAUACCAUCAGAACCAAACUUAGAACAAUUUUAAUUCCUUCAUUGUGACAUAAAAUUAGUAGAAAGUAUAUUAUAUUUCUGGGAUUGAAGAAGUUAUAAUAUUUGUGAACAUUGCGCUGAAUACUUACUUAACUUUUGAGAAUUCCUAUAUAUCAUUGUGAUUUACAUUUUCCAAAACAUUUACGAGGAAAAGAUCUGUAAAAUGAAUUUUCAAAUUAUUUUAUCGCUGUCUUUCUAAAUGUAAGAAUGAUUGUUUUGGAGAGAAUUUCGUAAUUUUAAUGGCUUAGUAGUGGUAGUAAUAAUAGUAAUGUACAAAAUUCACUAUUUUAUAACAAUAAAUGAAGGUUUUUUUUUUCGAGUGUAAAGGAAAUGGUUCCAAUAAACAAGUGCUCUUAUUCUUUGGUUGCUAAUAGACAAAAUAAUUUGUUAGAAACCGAUGAUUUAGUUAUAAAACAAAUAAUUUGUCUCAGCUAAAUAUUAAAAAAAAUAUUUACUUAGUAAUUAAAUAAAAUAUCCUAUAUCUUUUUGGGUUUUAAAAAGAUUCCACAACAUUUAUAUGAAGUAAAAGCUAUCGUGGUUCUAUUUGAUUUAAAAUAAAGUAUCAAUAAUAAUAAAAUACCUUAAAUUUAUACAAUAAUAGUAUUAUUCUUCUUAACGAAUAGUGAAAAGAAGAUUCCCUUGUGUCUCACAUGGUUACCAAGGAUUACCAAGAUUAGACACUACAUUAAUGUCUCAAAAAUUACCGUAUAUAUAUUUUGAUGUAUUAGAAAAAUUCUAAGAUUAUUAAAAUAGUCAUUUUCUAAUUGAACAGACACAGCCAUAAAAAUUCUAUAAACUCUACAAGAAAGUUGAAACUACAAAUAAUUUUAUUUUGAGAUAUUCAUUGUUAUUUGUUCAGCAUACAGGGUGUUUCUAAAUUCAUGCGACAAAAUUCAGGAGGUGAUUGCUCAUAUGAAAUUAAGAUGGGUCUUUCCUAUAACAAAAUUUCCUCAGCCCAUCCCUUUCCGAGAUAUCACCCUUAAAAGGUGGUGACUAAAAUUGAGUUUUUAUUUUUUUCUUCUAAAAUUUCAGUAAAGCUAGAAACUUGUAAUUUUGUAAUUUUCGUGCACUCGUAAAGGACUAACCACGGGUAUUUUUUCAAUAUUUCUGUUACAUUAUAGGAGGGUGAAAUUAGCAACCUUUACUUUAUUUCAUAUCAAAACUUUUUUCGAGAUGAAGUUUUAUGAAAUAAAAUUAUAACUUAAAAUCCUUGUUUUAUUUAAAAAAAAAAUUUAUUCUUAAAUUUUUUUCCCAAAACCAAUAGCUGCAGAGAAAAAAAAAAUAAACACCAUAAUUUAUCAUUUUUUUUAACAAAUUGAGUGGAAAACAGUAAAGAUGUAAAAUAUAAUACGAUUCAUAAUGAAUGCUGGAAAUAACCACCUCUAGCCAAAAUAAGCUUUACUGAAAUUUUAGAAAAAUAUAAAACCUCAAUUUUAGUAAAUUUUGUUAUAGAAAAGACCCAUCUUAAUUUCAUAUGAGCCCUCACCUCCUUAAUUUUGUCUCAUGAAUUUAGAAACACCCUAUAUAGUAGCCACGCCUUGGGGCUGAAUUAACUGGUAAUGUGCCAGUACCAAUAAAACUGGAUACAAUAAUCUGGAGUGAGGUAUUUUUCCCACGGAUGUUUGAUUGCUUUAGAAAGGUCCUGUUUUGUCAUUUUUGUUUUGUUAUUCCUAAAUUUUUUCUCAUAUCAUAUCAUAAAAUUAUUUUUAUAGAUAAAUGUUCCUUAUUUAAUCAUUUUGAGAUCUUUUCUGAUACAUCAAAAUAUCAUAAAUAGUACUCAUCAUAAAAUACAUUAAUGAAGACCCAAGUGGAUAAAAGUAUCAUGUCACAUUUUUUAAAAAAUGAUUUUUAUGACCUAAUGUACUUAAAAUGUAUUAUAUUUUUUGUUUGUGAUAGUCCUGAUUUCCAUUUUUCAUCAAUAACGGCUAUUUAUCAGAUAGGAAGGUGCCAUGAGCCAUAUAUCGUAAUGCAAUUGUAAAACUUUAAACUUGUUUUUUUUUAAAUAAUCUUUUUGUGACAUGACACCUUUAUCCACUUGUGUCUUCAUUUAUAUAGAGAUUAAAUUUGCAACAAUACUUUUACGUUAUAAAUCUUGAUAAUCUUUGGUUAUAGAUUGGUUUGAUAUAACGCAUCUUGUAUCUUUGUAUUUUUAUAAAUUUGUAUAGUUUUGUUGUCAAAUGGAAGACUUUAUGCUAUUCAUAAAUAUUAUUUACCUUUUAAGUAUACUGUCCUGAUUUAUAUUAACAAAAAAUUUAGGGGUUUUAAGAGGAACGACAAGCGACAUGAAUGAAUGUAUGAGUUAUUUUGGUUUUUAAUAAAAUUAUUUCAAAAACCUUUGUGGUAAAUAAAAUCGCCUGUAUUUUGUUAUCGUAGUACUUAGACUAGUUACUUUAAAAUGGUAUACCUACUUAACAUUUUUGUGAAAAUGUAAGACUGUUUUAAUGCCAUAUGCGAUUAUUUAAAAUCGUUUUAUGAGGAAGAUUAAUCUAAAAUAUUUCAUUUGUAUUGGAAUUUGUUAAUUAUAAGCCGGUUUUUCGGUCCUUUCGGUUAUUGCAUUGUUACUUAACCAAAAAGCAUGUCCAAUCGAUUGUUAUAUUACAAAUAAAACAUUAUUUAAAUUAUUAAUAUAUUUUAAUAUUUUUUUUUACUUACCUUCUGUACUUAUAAAAAAUCUAAGUCCAUCUUACACUUAUAAUAUAAAUUAAAAUUUAUGUUUAAUAAAAAAUGAGGAAAAUAAAAACAGGAACAAAGUAAAAAAUAUAUAUUUUUAAAUAAUGUUGCACAUCCUAUACCAAAAAAAUAGAGUCGUGUAAAUGUUUUUUACUCGAAUUAGUUAUGGAAAAUUAUACUCAAGUAAUAUUUAUCCCAUUUAAUGUUAAACAAAGCAUUUUUCAAAAAUGGAUUUUCAUUUUUCACCCAAGUAACAUUUUUAGUCCUUUUAGGUUCCAGUUUUAUAUGCUCAAAAAAGUCAAUUACAUAAUAUGUUUUUUGUAGUUGAAGUAUCUAUAUUAUUAGAUAAUGUUCUAACAACAGAAAUAUAGCACAAUUUUUUGUACCAUUUAACAUCACUAUAGGGUAAAUAAGUAAUAUGAUCUUUAGUUACGCCGAAUACAUCUAAGUGUUAAUUAAAUGUAAUAGGCAAACAUUGUAAUAUAAAUAAGACACUGAGUUUCAAUAGUUUAGAUUACAUACACAACAGUGGUAGCGAAUUUUUAAUAGGACUUAAAAGUUUAAAAAUGGUUCUUGGGAUUAAAAUGAUUUUUGAAAGAUAUAACUAUGAAGACGAAAGUAUACAGGGUAUCCCAUUAAUGCUCGAUAUUUCAACUUGUGUUAUAGACACACAAACAAGUUUCAAAUAAAAGUUUUAUGGACUUGAAAAAAGCUCGUUUUAAAAAUACUUUUGAAUAUACAGGAUGUUAUGCUUUUGCCUGGUAAAUAAAAAUGUAUUUUUUUUUUAAAUGGAACACCUUUUAUUUUAUUUCAGUUUUUGAAUGAUUUGGUAACAUUGUAUUCAAUCCUAGAAUAUUUCAAAAAUAUUACAGGUUUGCCAAGCAAUUAAUUUUUUUGUGAAAUUAAGAAUGAUGCAGAUCUCAAAUAAAAUUAUCAUAAUUUAGGCAAGUUAGCAAUAAUUUCAAAAUAGUUUAAAAUAAAGACUUAUAAGAUAUACCAAGCUAAAGAAUAUUAGUAGAACUGGUUCAGUUUAUACAGCGUUUUAAAACACGUCUUAAAUAUGGCUUAAUUUUCUAAAGUUUUUUAAAUACAACACCCUGUAUAUUGUGUUAACAUAAAAUUCUUUAUAAAUUUACCUAUUUAACGAUACAAACAUGUUAGCCUAUUUACAGGGUGUCGCAUAAGUGCGUAAUUGAUCGAUAGCCGUUUUAUUAUUGGAAAUACGAAAAACAAAUAAUAUAAAAGUUAUAUAAACAGGGUAGGGUGUUCCAUAAACAAGGGGCUGAACAAACUUAUACUUUUUAAAACAAAACACUCUGUAGGUAGUUACACAUAUUUGAUUGUUUUCAUAUCAACAAACAAUUUUAAUAUGUUGUAUAUAGGGUGUGUCAAAACGCGAGGUUAGGAUUUUUUAAAAGCAGUACCACCAAUUAAUUAAUUUUUUUUUUUUUCAUUUCUUAUAUCAAACCAAGACAUUUCUCUGUAACAGUCCUUGAGUUUUACGUGUAAUUAUCUAGAUGUUUUAAACUCUGUAACCAGUGGCGCAUGCAGAUUUUAAGUCUGGGAGCUAGUAGUAAUAUUUAUGACUAUUUCCAAUAAUAAUAAUAAUACAUUUUUAGUACCUAUAAAAAGUUAAGUUUAAAAAUUCUUGGAUAAAAUCUCAUUAGAUAUUUUAGGUUUCUUCGGAAAUUGAGAAUCUUUAUUGGGUGACUCUUCAAAAGGUUCCCAUUCUUCUAAAAAUUCAUCUUAUUUAUUUUUUCUUUGCCACAUAUCUCCCCAGACUCUUCUUCUUUAUCUUUUUUAACUUCUUUUUCGUCAUAGCUAGUUUCAUAGUAGCAGCUAUUGAAUCAUUUUGGAGAUAAAGAUAAACUCUUUCUGUUGUCUUAUUUUCUGAAAAAUGUUCAAAAAUCUGUAGAUAUAGGUCCUUACUUCUGUAGAUAUAAGUACUUACUUUAAUAAUAUAGAAUUCUCCAUGUAUUUGUAGAGUAGCCGUACAUUGUUACUUCGGAGAGCACUAUGCCCACAGAAAAACUGCGAGAAGCUUACCUACUAGUUAUAAACUUUUUUAUUAUUAAUAAUGCUCUAGUAGAUACAUAAAAUACAUCGUAAUUUUGGGUUAAUAAACAUAUUAUAAUAAGUCUGUAUUUUGAAAUUUUUGCUAACCUACCUAAAUUAUGAUUUUAUUUGGGAUCUGCAUAAUUCUUAAAUUUCACAAAAAUCUAAUGCAUGGCAACCCUGUAAUAUUUAAACAAAAAUAGGGUUCAAUACAGUAUUACCAGACCACUCUAAAACUGAAAUAAAAUUUGUCUGGCAAAAGCGUAACACACUGUAUAUCCUUUUUCAAAUCCAUAUAACCAUUGAAACAUGUUUGUGUGUCUAUAACACAAAUUGAUAUAUCCAGCAAUUACGCAAUAAUGGGACACCCUGUAUAAUAGUAAUAUUUCUUGUUGUUAAAAAUUAUAUAAUAGUAUUUCUUGUUACAUAAUAGGUAUAUUUAACUGCUACUGUGCCUUUAAUAUUUGUGUGCUCAAACGUGUAAUGUGUUGAUUCUAAUAAGCAGUAUUAAAUUGUUUUAAUGGUAGAUAUCGAAGUGUGUUUUAAAAAUUGUAUUUACAUUCCUAUAUAAAUAAUUAUACUGCUUAAAUUUUACAAUCUGAUGUCACAAUAGUUGAUUAGUUGAAACAUAAACAUUAAUUGUGGUAAUAUUGAAUUAUAACUAACAAUAUUUAAUUCAUAACCUUUUAAGCUGAGUAGUUUUGCUUUUCACUUUUAAGAAUAAAAUAGGUGCCAGCCAUUCAUCUAUUAUCUAUUCAAUUCACUGUCUUAAUGCAGUUGAAAAUUAGUUUUAUCAGUAAAUUAAAUAUUCAAUGAAAAUAUACCGUAAAACGGGGUUACUUUGGCAGGUUUUGACCUAUUUUGGAACUCUUAAGUCAGAAACCGAUUGGAAAAUCAAACUUCUGAAAAUUGCAUCGUGAAUUGUGCCCAAGUGACAAUAGAUCACCCAAAUAUGGUGCGUUUUCAUGAGCCGCAUGUUGGAAAAAAGUUUGUGGGGUGCCAAAGCAGGCAGAUUUUUGGGGCUACUUUGGAAAAUCUUUUUUGCGCCAAUGUAGAGGCUGUAGAAAGCCUUCUCUAACACCAAAUAUGCUAAAGGACGGAGGCACAAAAAGGCAGCUUUGAGUUUGGUCCAAAUAUCUUUCAUAGUUCCGAAGUUAUUGAAGUUAGAAUGCAUUUCUUUUUAAGAAUUCAUUUAUUUAUCCAACCAUUAUAAAAGUAUAACUAAAAAAUUAUUUCUGAUCAAAAAUGAACAUAAAUUCUUAAGAAGUUUAAUAAGAAACAUAAAACUAAAUAUUACAAAGAAAAAUCCGUAUCAGUCAUCACUGUCAAAAUCUUCGUUUGUACAGAAGGCACAUUCAUAAAAUUUGUCCGUGCUCGCCUCAUUGCAAAAGCCACAAUUCCAUUGUUUGCAUUUCUUGCAACAAAUCCAAUCAAUUCCUGUAUAUUUCUCUUACUUUCUGAAGCAAGUUACGCAGACGGCGUCUGUACUUUUAACGGCCUUUCUUUUCUUUUUUUUUUUGUAGAAACUGCAACUAAAUUUGUAAGUGGUUUGUCGUCACUAUCAUCGUCACUAAUGUUUGAAAUAUUUUUCUGGGUCCCUGAUUGAGGAGCAACUAUCUUAAGUUGUUUACCGGGCUCUAUUUUCUUUCCACGCAAUCGAGCGACUUUUUCCUUAUUUGAACCGCUCAGAUCUUGAAGCAGAUCAAUUAAGCUAUCAUUUAGGCUAGCAGCUUGGGCAUUUUCGUCAUCGUCUUGUAUUUGCAUGUCUGGAAUUUUUUUCAGAACUUCUUGAGGAUUGAAAGGACAGAGCCAUGUGGCCUUAAAUCCAGAUUUUAAAUUAUUGGGACACAUUUUCAGUGACUGUAACCCACAAUCGAUUUAGAAGGACAGGAAAAUAUUCUUUUGGAAUGGAGGAAGUUGAUUUGGUUUCACUGCGCCAUUUGUCUAGAAUCUGACGCCACGUUUUUUUUUUAAACGGGGCAAACACUGACAAUGUAGAUAUUGUUCUCCUCACAAGCUUCAAUGACAGUGGGUGAAAAAUAAGAGGCUAAAUUGUCCCUAACAACAAUUUUUUUUUGUUCAGGAUUUUCAAUUUCUUUAAUUUUGAGCAAUAAAAUUUGGAAAGACCACUUUUAAAAUUGGUCCAUAUCGAACCAGCCGCUAGGUGUGUUACUAUAGACUGUCCCAGGAGGACCACCUUCUGUCCAACCUUCAUAUAGAUUGCCUGCCUUGUAGAACAGAAGUAAAAGUUGGAAAUGCUUUUGCCAGUUCUUCCACUUUAUACACAUAAAUUGACAGGUUGGCACCGGAUCUCACCGAAGUGGACGCGAUACAUUGGCGUACAAAAUUAUUUUAUAGAUUUUAAUAACAAUUUCGAGUAAAUAGUUUAAUAAAUUGUGAAUAGCUGUUGAAAUUUUGUAAAAUUAUAAUUUGAAUAUUAUAAUACAUGUUUAAUAAUUAUUUAUAAUCCAUAAAUACAUGCGAUUGUCCGGUUCCGCCGAUAACAAUUUAAAAUUACUUAUUCUAUGAAACGACACUGGCAGGUAAACAUUACUGUGAAAUUCUCGGAGCCGCCCGACGUGGUUUGACGUUUACCCCCUCUCUACCUACCAAAAGACUUUUCAACUUUUACUUUCUCUUUACACCACCAUAGGGGGUAAUAAAUCUUCCACAGCGUUUUCACACACUAUUAUACUGAUCAAGGUCUUGGAAUGCUGUUGAACUCUCCCCUUGGAACAAGGAUCUUUUUGGCUCCAGGGUCAUCUUGAACAUUAGUUUCAUCAUAAUUAAAAACCAAAGAGGGGUCAAUAUCUUGCAAAAUUAUCUCUAAUGAUAUCAAAAAAUUCGCCAAUUUGAUUCGGCCCUACCGGCGUACGUGUUCGCUUUAUGUUUGCAGCCAAACGGACACUCAUAUUAUUCCGGAUUAUGAAGUUUUCAAGAUAAUAUUGACCAGGAACAUUGUCUUUAAACUUCUUAACGUCACGCCCUUUCCUUUCUAAGUAUUUGUGGAUUAAUUCGCGAAUAUCGGCUUUGUUAAAAGAAAAUCUCCAAUUACUCACUGUCACUAAUGUCUUUGUCACUAAAUGCUCUUCUGCAGAUGUAAAUACCGUCGGAUGACCUGGAGGGCGCGUAUGCUCCUCCUUCAACUCAUUUUGAAGGGUCCCCCGAGAAAUUUUGAACCGUUUACUGUCAAAGAAUGCCGAAGUGCCAAAGUAUCCCCUUUUUACGGUUCAAAGUGAAUUUGAAGUUAAUUGACAUCUUGUUGCAUUUCGAAAAUUACUGGAUCAAGUUACGUUUUUCGCAUGUGCCAAAAACAUCGAUGAUAAUAUACGCAAAAAAUUAAAGUAUUUUUAGCCAAACUAACGAUGUUUAAAAUUGGCGUCACUUAAAAGUCUCUUUGGAUUAGAUACUUUCGCAUUUCUUUAAGUCAUUUUGUAUUAAAACUAUUUUCUCUUUCCAUCACAAAUGAUUAGGACUAUAUAUUUUAUAAAUAACACAGGUGAGUCGUCCUUGAACGAAACUCGAAGUUCAGUUAUAUCAUGGGAAUGAACAGUACUAAAUCCAGAGCCAAAACCCGAUAAGUAAGAAAAUUUAAUUGAUAUUGACGUUCAAAGAUUUUUUGUUUUAUUUCCCCUUUUAAUUAUAAUAAGGUUACUUUUUUUCGUCAAUUUAGUGUUUUUUAUAAAUUGACGCUUGCUUCAGAUAUACUGAUAUUAAGACAAUAGGUAUAAAAUGAGGUAUUUGUGAAGUAGGUGUACAUUGUGAGGGCACUAUGCUAACUUAAAUAAGGGGUACUUCCGUAUAACUUAAAUAAUCUUCUGUCAUCAUAUAGGUACUUAUUGGGUUUUCACUUUAGUCAUUAUUAAAGAAUUCUGAAGAGUUGCCAAAGUCUUGAUCAAAUACGGUAUCCUUAUUUUGACAGCUAAGCAAGCGCAUUAAUAUUUUAGUAAGAAAUGUUGCUAAACAAGAAUACGGUAUUUCCUUAUUUUUGGAAAAUACGGAAAUCUUAUAAUUGAAACACGGUAACUUACUUGUAUAUAAAUGGGGCUAUUCAGACUAUUCCGGAAAUGUCAUUCGGAUCAUAGGAAGAUGGAAUGUGUUUCUUGCAUCAAAUAUAAUUAUUCUGAUUUUCAAGCGGGUAAUGAAAUUUUAAAUUAUGAAUUUGAAUAAUAAAUUUAGUCUAAAAUUUAUAACGAAAAAUACUUUAGUACUGGUGACAAAAGUGUUGACUCAGAAUCCGUUUAAAGAUCCUAAUCGAUGGGAAAUCAAAAGUAAUAUAAACAUGAAGAAGGAAAAUAUUUUUCUCUUGUGAGAAACCAUCUAAAUAUUUUAUUAUUGCAAGAAGAACAAUGAUUUUAAUAAGAUAUUCGUUUCAUAAAAUACUCUUUAAUUCAAAUGUACUUCUUUAAACUGCUUAAAACAAACGUCUAAUGAAUUCAGCUCAGCCAUCAGCGUUACCGUAUACCAUUUUUGUUUGGACCUUAGUCUAAAUACGGUAAGGAAUAGGGUUGCCGUAUUCUUAAAGUAACGAGUGGCGUUAACUUUCUAUUGUCUUAUUUAUCUUUACUGUAACUGCCCUUCCCCCGGUCGCUUCUUUAAUUUUAAAAAGUAUGUGUUUAAUUACCUCCCUUCUCUUUCUGAAAUUCAAAGUAAUUAUUACAGUAAUAUGCCUUCUUCCUCCUCUAGUUAUCUUCUUGUUUAUUAAGAUUAUUUUAUUACCCACGUCAUAUUUAAAAAGUAAUCCAGGAUUCGAUGCAAAGUUUGGUGCAAAUUUGUGAAUGAAAUAAUGUAUUAAAAAUAUAUUAAACUUGAUUUAUUUUAUGCUGAAAUAAAUAGCCUAUACAAUUGGAAAAUAAGAAAUUAUAUUCCUCACCAAAACCUCACAUGUAUCCCGUUCAAAUAAACAUGCCACUUGCCAUUAAAUAUAUACAUUUGAAGAAUUCUUGAGGAUAUAUAGCAGACAUCCUCAGAAUUGCAGUGUCUUAAAUAAUUAUUUAUUUCGUCGUUUCUUUUUUAUGUAUAAUAAUGUUUAUUUUUAUUAAUGCAUAAGAACUUCUUAAGUAACCCAUAAAAAGGUGAGCUUGCUAAGAUAUAAUCGUUGCAAUAACAUAUGCAUAUCCCUUAUGUUUCAGCCCCACCUAAGGGGUUUAUGUAGUGUAGUCCUACUAGAAUAGUGCCAGAUCAGUACCAGCGAAUUACCCCUUGUGUUCAGAACUAUUUACGGUGCAACGAUUGAGAGAUAAUUAACUAAGACACUCCAACCCUGCAGUAAAAUCAAGCUUACAUGUGUAAAACGUGAACCUAGACACCUGAAUUCUCAUUCACUCCAGUCAGCCGAGCUGUUUAUUUAUUAGUGAUGGUGUAUUGACAUUUCGGUAGCCCAUAUUGAUGAAAUCCUUAUGUUGGUAUACUUAAAAUGCAAUGUGGCCCGUAGCGAGUCCAUCCGGACGUCCCAAAUGAGGUGCUAGUGAAUAAUCAAUUCCAUAAUAAUACAAUAACUAAGUAUUAUUGAAUAAUAAUAAUAAUAAUAAGUAACACAAUAAUAAUUAUUAUUGAAUAAUACAUUUCCAUGAUACAUUUUCAUUUAAGAGCAAAUCGAAUACCUCGAAUUAUAAUUUAUCAUGAAAUUUUCAGGCAAUACCAAUAGGUUUGUUCGUAGAGCGAUCCACAACCGUUUCCAACUGAACAGCGCAUGUGCAUUGAAUAUUUUGCUUUCGUAGAAGAAUCACUAAUAGUUUCCAAUUAUUAGUUUGGCGUUCGUAGAAGCAAAUGAAGUGAUUUCCAUCUGAUUGGAAAGGGUUGGAAAAAUCCCUGACUAUUUUCCGAAUUUUAAAUCCGGGGCAUGCACACAUGAAAUAUGUUUAAUAAUCUACAAUUUAACAUUUGUUUGGCGUGAAAUUUGUGUUUAUCAUUCGUCAGUGCUUUUGUUGAUUUAAUUAGUUGUUUUUUUAGAAGUGUAAUUAAUACACAUACAUAAUAUUUAAUAAAGUAUGCAAUUACAUCAGACCACAAAGACCUACCAUCCAUUAUCCUGAUAAAAUAUCAGCCUUUAACUUCAAAACAUGAAGUAAGGAUUCAAAACAAGUAAAAUAUAUUGAUAAAAUGUGGUGCAAUUCAUAAACAAAACUCAUACGUGGUCAUUCUGUGACUAUUACAACGUUAAAAUUCAAAUAUUUUCUUCUUUUUUUUUGUCCGUUUACUAAAUCUGUAUCUAACAUACGAGAAUAGAUAGAGACGAAUCCAUAACUCUACAAAAUGUGUUCGCAGAGCAUAAAAAUGACAAUAAAUCCCAAACUAUUGGAAAUCACGCAUGUGCAUCAUAAAAGAAUCACCAACCGAUGGAAGCUGUCUCUACGAACAAACCUAAUAAUAAAAUUAAGGGUUGAGAAACAUUGAAUUUUUUGUAAACUUUCAAAAAGUAUUUUGACAAUUUUUAAAAGGAAUUAAAAAAAAAUACAUUUACGUGCCAUACUGUAUCAAAUCAAUGAAAAUUUGCUGCUUUUUGUUUUAAUUAAUAUCUAGUAGUUUUUAAAAGGGAUGAUUUCCCACCUUUUUUUCUUGAAGUCUCUACCUUAUCGUUGCACAAAUUUAAAGCUUUCAAUAUUGUCAAGACACAUAAUAUCACGAAAUAUUGCCAGUGGCGCGCCUAUAAAUACAAUUUUAUAUUAUAAAAUCCUUAAAAUAAUUUUGCUUUUGCUAGAGGUCCGGUUUGCUUUUAAGUUAUUAACUCACCAUCGAAUAUGCCGACCGUUGGACAUCUGUUUCUAUUUUGGACAUUUUAUAUUGUAUUUCAAACGGAAGCAUUGGGACGUAGAAGCAUCGGCACGUAGAGCGGCGGGACGUAGGAACGUUGGGUAGGAGAAGCGUCAGGGCGUAGCAGUGUUAAGACGUAGAAGCGAAGUUUGGGUAUUGGCAACACUGAUGCUAAUACUAAUCAUAAAUCGAGUAUAAAUAUACCCAUUACAUUGUGAAGGUUCAAAUCCUUAAUCAUAAUACUAAUGCAAAUACUAAUAAUAAGGGAGUAUAAAUAGACCCUUAAUGAAUAUUACUUUGUUAAGGAUUCUGUUGUAUGACGAUUUUGAGUUGGUUUCCCAUGGAAUAAUUUUUAUCUUAUCUCAUUAUUGGGCAUGUACAUGAAGGUUAUAUCUUCUGGGAACAGGGUUAUUGGUAUUAUUUAUUAUGUAGGUAUCGUAGAUAAGAUUUAAUUAUCUGGGAGAUUUUUCGUUAAAUGAAGGAAUUUAAAUUUAAUAAGAAUGCAACUUUUCUUUAAUAAAUUAUGAAGGUACCUGGGUGAGGUAGGUCACAUUACUCAUGUAUCGGUUUUUCGGAAAAUCAGUUAACAAUACUUGGAUAAUGAAUUUCGCAGCGAGUACUUUAGCAGAAAGAGCACUAAAAACUGUGUUCGAUGGUAUAUAAUAGUCAUUUUUUCCCUUUUUGUUUGACUUUUCGGGCUUUGUCACUACACCUUCGAAAUACGGAUUUGUUCCAUCACUGAAAUCCUUGAUAUAUAGAGGAAUUAUAACUGAAAUUUGAUUUUCGUUCAAGGAAGAUUCACUUGAGUUCUGUUUAGAAAUAUAUAGACCUUGAUUAUAAAAAAAAUAUUUUUUUUGGUUUGCUGCCAAAUUGUUAUCUAUUCAUAUUGUAUGAAGGCUUUUCAGAACAGUCUAUCUAAAAAAAUAUCUUUUACCAACAUACGAUCUCUUACCAAAGACAACUAAUCAGCACCUAUUAAAACACAUACAGCCAGUUACAAUAACGUUCAUUAACAUUUAUGGCGCCAGUAAACUUUGACUGAGCUCAAUAAUACAUCUUUGACCGACGUAAACUUCAAAUUAUACACAGUCUAAUUAAGUUAUACAGUCUUCAACAAUACCGGCAUCCCACGUGACUAAAAUUGGUGUUGUCAGUUGGCUAAAAGUGACAUUAUAUAGUAAAUUCAGUAGUAACCCUAAAAUGUCACUGAGGUCAGUGACAUCUUAAGUCACUUAGGAACGAUUUCACCGUUGUGUUAAACGAAGUUUAAAAUGACAUUUUUACAUUAACAAUGUCUUUUUAAUCUCCGUUUAACACGACGAUGAAAUCGGCCCUAAGAACUGUCCAUUUUCAUUAAAUUUAUAAUUUUAUCAGAUCACGCGGAAUAAUGGCAAAAAUUACUAAUUACUAAGAAUGUAUCAAUAUUACAAAGUCAGGUUAACAAAUCUUAUUGUCAAGCUUCGGCUAUUUUUGUCCAUUCUGGCAGGACGUUGGAUUGCUUAAUUGUUGAAGAGAUAUUGCAAAUUUCUAUAACGCCAGCCACUAAUAGUGCCAACGUAAUUAAAGGCAAAUAAAUUUCAUGCUAAAUCAAACUUAUUGAAUACCUGAAUUUUUGACAUUAGAAUCCUUAUACUUAUUUCUAACCUAACUUUAAAUUAUAGUUUAUCUUUGUUGUUGUCUAUAAUAAUAUAUAAAUAUGGAAGAGGCAUUAUAAAUGGCAAUUUAAGGCGAUUUUGAUGGCAAACUCUAGAAAGUCGCCUCUAGGACAAGCACUAUUUAUUUUAUUUUUUUUAUUUUCUAAAGCUUAAUCGACCUGCGCAUGCUCGGAUGUCAAAAUAAGAGCGGCCCUAAUAGUGACUGACCUUAAGUGAACUUGCAAUAUCUCUCUAUUAUAAAUAUCGAAAAGUCAUUGUAAUGAAUGUCUAAUAGACUUGUGCGAUAUUCCAUGAACUGGUAUUUAAAUAUUUUAAUCUUGAUAAACUGAUAUUUUUUACAUGAUUUUCUAUCGGUUUCAUAAAUGUUUUCCAGGAAAAUAUUAAUUAAUUUUUAAAUUGUUAUUAAUUUGGGGAAACGCAAACUCAUUUAUUUAAAUUUUACUAAUUAUUAUAGUAAUAAUUCAAAGGGUUAUUGAAAAAUCACGCCAUCAUCAAGACUCUACAUUUUCUAUCUUUAAGGUUUUACACGUAGGUAACUAUUUAAAAAAGCUUGUGAAUGCGAAUAUUUAUGAAUUGGAUCAUCCUAUAGACCUGUAUUUUGCUUUGAUCAAAAAUAAUUGGCAUGUUUGAUAUAGAUAUUAUUAACGAUUUUGUAUAUAUACAUGUGUAUGCUAGUUCUGUAUAAUUUGUGAUAAAUGCUGUAUUUUUGAGAAUUCUAAUCAUAGUAUUUUAAAAUAAUCGUACAUUAAUAUUGGCAUAGAAAUGUUUUUGCCUUUCGAAUGCGAUGAAUUCGAAGUCUUGAUAUUUAUGAAUUAUAAGUAAUAGUGUUUAAAUAUGAAUUUGAACGUAUAAUUGCGGUCCUUUCUAGAAAUAUACUAAUCUAACGCUAUGUAAUUAUAAUAGAAAAACCAAAAAUUAUUUUUGUAACGUUGCGAAAUAAAUCAUC